AUGAAACGAACAUUAAGUUCUGCUUUAAUCUUUUUACAAAUUGUUAUAAUUGUAAAUGCAAUCGGUUUUUACUCAAUUGUGGCUCCUGGUACCAUACAGUCUCAGCACAAUUAUUCAGUAAGUGUCACUCUACAUGAAAACGCGGAACCGGCACUAAUUAAACUAAGCUUAAAAGGACCAUCAUACUAUGAAGAAAAAACUUUCGAUAUUUCACCCUCACAAACAGAGGUCAUAAACUUCGAAAUGCCCAAAUUAAAAGCAGGCAAAUAUCAUUUAGAAUCGGAAGGAAUUAAAGGUUUAAUUUUCAAAAACUCUACUGAAUUGAAUUUUAAAAUUAAAGAACCCAAAAUUUAUAUACAAACUGACAAAGCGGUUUACAAGCCCGGAGAUUUAGUGCAAUAUCGCAUUAUUGCUUUGGAUGAAAAUAUAAGACCAGCAAAAUUGGAACAUUCACUGAGAUUAAGCUUUAAAGAUGGCGCCGGCAACUUUGUUAAACAAGUCAAUGAUAUAACAUUAACUAAAGGUGUCUAUGCCGGACAAUUUCAAUUAUCAGAGCAACCGGUUAUGGGCGACUGGUUAUUGGAAAUAAUUCAGCGGCCCAAUGAUGAUGAUACAAAAACUGAAAAGAAAUUUGAAGUGGCCAAAUAUGUUUUGCCCAAAUUCAGUGUCGAUAUAGAGACCAAUAAAAAUAAUGCUAUACAAGAUACCCUGAAAAUAACUAUACGUUCCAAGUACACCUAUGGUAAACCGGUUAAAGGCCAAGCUACCAUUACAGUAGACGCCUUCAAUGGUAGAAGUAAGACUGAGAAAACCAUUGAUGUAGAUGGCAAGGGUUAUGUGGAAUUUGAUUCGAAAGAAUAUCUUGAUUUAGCAUUGCCUCAAUUAAAUAAUCGGUAUGGCUACUACUACCGCAUACCUCCUGUUAAUAUCUUGGCUGUCAUGACCGAAGAAUAUACGGGUAAUAAACAAAAUAAAACGGUUUCUGUGAAUUUAUAUCGUUCAAGAUAUAAUAUCGAAGUGCCUAAAAUUGUUCAUGAAUAUGUGGUCAAUAAACCAUCUGUACUGAGGGCGUUUGUGAAAAAUCUUGACGGAUCACCCGUUCAGAAUGAAAAACUUGUGGCAAAACUUUCGAUCAGUAGAAAAGGUCAAUACUAUACGGACGGAGUAAUGCCAGUAGCAGCUGACUAUGAGUUCAUUAGCGAACUGGAUAGAAGUGGUUCGGCAAUAUUUAAUGUUACUAUACCUUCGGCCGGUUAUUACUACUAUGUAAAAAUUACUUAUGCAGAUCAAGUUAGGUAUCUUCCCACUUUGGUGGUUAAAGACAAAGAAAGUGAGAAGGGAAAUAAAAAUGAAGAUAUUGAAGAAGACGUAGGAUCUUUAAAGUUGGUGAAGAAGUCUGAAAAGUUUCAACUUGACCAAGAUAUUGUCGUGGAAGUUAAAUCUAACAAUAUUCCCUACUAUAUUUACGCAAUUGUUGCUCGUGGCAACAUUAUUAAACAAGAACAUGUUAAAGUUCCCGAAAAUGUCAAAUCGCAUGAAAUUACAAUCAAACCUUUAUUCGAAAUGGUACCCGAAUCUCAUUUAUAUGUGUAUUUCAUACUUGAUGGUGAAUUGAAAUUUCAUGAAAUGACACUAAAUUUCCCCAAAGAAUUUCAGAAUAAGAUUGAAAUAACUGCUCUCAAGCAAGCUAGACCCAGUGAAGAGGUCACAUUGAAUAUCAAAACUGAUCCGGAUUCAUUUGUAGCACUAUUGGGAGUUGAUCAAAGCGUACUAUUGUUAAAAUCUGGUAAUGAUUUAGAUUCAAACCAAAUAAUUGACGAUUUAAAUACGUAUGCGACUUCGACUCCUGAAAUCAGAGGCAUAGGCACUUAUCCGGGCAGAACAUCUGGUUUGAUCACCCAAACCAAUGCCAAUUAUCCCUUUUCCACUGCAGAAGCAUUUUACAUUAGUAAUUCUGCAAAAUUUCCUUCAGUUGAAGACUAUACAGAUAAUUUAUUUGUAAGUGAUAGGGUUACUUCGGGAACAAAAAUCGUACAAAAUUUAAAGAUUCGUAAAGAUUUUCCCGAUACAUGGAUUUACGAUAAUAUUAAUAGCACCGAUAAAUACGGCUUGGCUACUCUAACUAAAAAAAUUCCCGAUACCAUUACUUCAUGGGUAGUGACCGGUUUUACUUUGAAUGAUAAAACUGGCUUUGGCAUGGUGACAAAACCUACAAACAUUGAGGUAUUCCAACCUUUCUUUGUGAGCACUAAUUUGCCUUAUUCCGUAAAGCGCGGAGAAGUUAUAUCCAUACCUGUAAUUAUCUUCAAUUACAUGGAUAAAGCUUUAGAUGCUGAAGUUACCAUGGAUAAUACCGAUGACGAGUACGACUUCACUGAGAUAUCUAAUGAAAUUGAAGAAUUAGUUUUGGAGGACAAACAACGUGUUAAAAGAGUAACUGUACCCUCGAAUAGUGGUAAGAGUUUGUCGUUCAUGAUCCGUCCCAAUAAGGUGGGAGAAAUUACGUUGAAAAUUAAGGCUAUAACAACCUUGGCUGGUGAUGCUAUACGCGAGAAACUUAAGGUAGAACCAGAAGGUGUGACUCAAUAUGAAAACCAAGCCAUUUUUAUAACUCCCUCUAAAGAAUCUAUAAAGGAAACGCUUAAGGCUGCUAUACCUAAAGAAGCGGUUUUGGAUUCCGAAUAUUUGGAAUUUUCUGUAAUUGGUGAUAUCUUAGGUCCCACCAUUAAGAAUAUUGAUCAAUUAGUGCGCAAACCCUAUGGCUGUGGUGAACAGAAUAUGGUUAACUUUGUGCCCAAUAUUUUGGUUUUACAUUAUUUGGAUGCUAUAAAACUUAAUAUGGCCAAUGUGGUUGAAAAAGCUAAAAAUUACAUGGAAGUCGGUUAUCAACGUGAAUUGACUUAUAAACAUAAGAAUGGAGCCUACAGUGCUUUCGGCGAGGGCAACAGUGAAUCAAGUAGUUGGCUCACUGCUUAUGUGGCGCGUUCCUUUAUACAGGCUAAAAAAUAUAUUGCCAUUGAUUCAGAUGUCAUUGAUAAAGCAUUACAAUAUGUAGUAGCAAAUCAAUUGGAGAACGGUCAAUUUGAACAGACUGGACGUUUAUUCCAUGCAACUCAUCAAAACGAUGUGGGCUUCACGGCUUUUGCAUUGUUGGCUUUUUUGGAAGACAUGGAAUAUUCGAAUAAAUACAAACCGGAAAUCGAGAAAGGUAUUAAGUAUUUGGUCGAUAAUAUGGACAAGGAAAACGAUACAUAUGCCCUUGCCCUAACAUUAUUGGUUUUAAAGAAAGUUCAACAUCCUAAUGCUGACAAACUUAUGGAAAAAGUAGAAAAAUUGGCGCAUUAUAAUAAUAGUCGUACAUGGUGGACAAAAUCAGCAAAAAAUCGUAAUAAUGAUAUAGAAAUUACGGCGUAUAUAUUGGAAGCAUAUGUAUACACCGAACCACCUGGAAAAGUAUUACCCAUUGUUAAAUGGUUGGUAGGUAAUCGUAAUAAUUUAGGCGGUUUUGAUACAACAUUAGAUACAGUUGUGGGUCUACAAGCUCUAAUUAAAUUUGCUGAAAAGUAUGUUGGAGGCGAAGAUAUUAAAAUGACGAUUAAUUUCAAGGCCCAAGAUGCAGAGGGAAAAGAAACCACUAAGGGUAGUUUUAGGGUGGAUAAGGAGAAUUCAAUGAUUUUGCAGACUCAUGUGCUCCCCAAAUCUUCCCGUCAAAUAAUAUUUGAAGUCGAUGGUAAAGGUUCAUCACUGGUUCAGUUAUCUUAUCGCUACAAUUUAGCUAUCAAAGAUGACAAACCUAGUUUCAGCAUUAAGCACGCAAUUCAACCAACCGAUUAUCCCAAUCUAUUACAAAUGGAUGUUUGUGCUGAUUUUGUUCCCGGUAACAAUAGUGGCAUAAAAGAAUCUAAUAUGGCAAUUAUGGAAAUAUAUUUACCAUCUGGUUUUAAUGCCGAUACUGAUAAAUUCGAUGAAAUACGUCAAGCCAAACGAGUACAACGUGUUGAAACUAAGAAUACCGAUACAGCUAUUAUUAUCUACUUUGAUUUCCUUACGACUGGUGAAGAGGUAUGCUUCAAAGUUAAUGCCGAAAAGAACCAUGCCGUGGCCAAACAAAAGCCCGCAGCCAUCACCAUGUAUGAUUACUAUAAUGCUGAUAAACGGGCCACUGUUUACUAUGAAAUUAAGUCAUCGUUGUGCGAUAUUUGCGAAGAGGCUGAAUGUGGCAAAAUUUGUGAAAUUAAAGCAGCAAAAUAAUUGAAAAUUUUACUUUACUUUCA